ACGAUCUUCCUAUAGCAACGCAUACCGAUCGUCAUUGUAAAGAUGGUUGUGUUAGUGACUUUUCUCCGACGUACAACCUAGCGGGAGAAAGAUUUAUACCGUUUUGUUCAUUUCAUCACGAUGAAAAAAAGAAAUUAUGUCUAAAGCACAGUUGGUGAAAAGCUCGUUUUCACGCAUCUUUUCUCAUCAACCUCACUGCUCACCGGUGAAACAAAUAAAAAAACACAGAUCUUCACCAAACAAUCGUGAAGAUGAGCAGAUGCGGUUUUACUGCGUGAGAGAGCGAGAGCAAGAGCACGUGAGAAUAGUGUUGGAUCAAGCUAGCGACCACAGCAGCAGUUCCGUCCUAGCUGAAACCGUCUGGCGGACACUUCAGCCGCCCAUUCACGUUCGGCACUUACGAUCGUUCGGAUCGCUUUGGAUCAACGCGCCGAAAGGGGUUAACGUGUUCGAAGUGGAAUUGGUAGAAGAAAAAAAGAAAGCUCCUACAUAGAGUGGUGCUUUCUACCCGGGGAGUUUGACCCGAUUUGAAGCACUUGUGUAAGAACCGGGAACGAAACAGUGUUUUGGUUAGCUCGUUACGGUUGGGUUUGUGUGAAUGGGAAGGUGCAACUAAAAAAAGUUGUAAGAUUUAUUUCUCUUAGCAACUUUUUUAACAGCAUUUAUUGUAUUGUUUGUGCAGUGAGUGAGUGAGUGAAUGGUGAGAAGAAAGUAGCUCACAGCUGCAUCCCAAAAAAUAGUGAAGUGAAAUGAAUGCGCGCUGCACGCUCCGUAUGAUUUAAUACACGGCCAAAUAGUGCACUAUAAACCCAUCCGAUCGGGUCGUAAAAGAAGACGAAAGUAACUAAAUUUCACAACCGUAAACCCCGAAUUGCAAACCGAUCCAUGAUGGUGCUACGAAUGCGUGACAUGCUGUACGAGAAUCCGUUCGAUCACUUUCUUUCGCUGCUGUUCGAUCUGCUGAUCUUCUUCGUGAAAUCCAUCUACUACACGCUCGAAACGAUCGUGCUUACGCUUACACCGUACCAGUUUCGGAAGCUAAAGGAUGUCUCCGGACAGGUGGUGUUGAUUACGGGCGGUGGCGGUGGUGUCGGACGACAGCUGGCACUGAACUUUGCGCGCCUACGAGCCCGUGUAGUCAUCUGGGACAUAAAUAAAGAUGCACUGCAAGGUACGGUUGACGCUCUCGAAGCGGAAGGUUACCGGUGCCGUGCCUACCUGGUGGACAUCUCCGAGCGUGAGCGGGUGUACGAAGCAGCAAAGAAGGUAAAGCAAGAGGUGGGCGAUGUGCAGGUGUUGAUCAAUAACGCCGGCAUAGUGGCCUGCCGUACGCUGUGGGAUCUGACCGAUAAAGCCAUCGAAAGCACAUACGCCGUCAACAUCUUGUCCCACUACUGGACUACACGCGCUUUCCUGCCGGAAAUGAUGAAUGCGAACAGUGGUCACAUCGUAACGGUGGGAUCGGUUGCCGGUCUGCUUGGUACGUACGGUUGUACCGAUUACAGUGCGACCAAGUUUGCUUGCGUUGGUUUCCACGAGGCACUAUUCACGGAGCUGAAGACACACGGAUACGAUAACAUCCACAUGACGCUGGUGUGUCCGUACUACAUCAACACGGGCAUGUUUGCGGGAUGCAAACCGCGCCUGUUGCCAAUGCUUGAACCGAAGCACGUCGCUGACAGUAUGGUACGGUCGAUAAGAAAGAACGAAGUGAAUUGCACGCUACCGGACCACGUGCGCAUGUUCCUACCGCUCAAGUGUUUACUACCGGCAAAGACAUGCUGGGAGCUGAUGUACCGCGUGAUGAAGGGCCCGGAAACGAUGAUGGGUUUCCGUGGCCGGGGCAAGGCAACAGCUGGAUAAAAGCCAGCAGCCUUGUGCGUCGGUGCGUUUAUCAUCAUUUUAAUUCGUAUUACCCUCAUGCUAAACGUCAUCCGUUUUAAUAAGCGUAUCACAUAAGAACUACGAAACAAACCGGCGAUGUCUUUCGACAUUAUUUUUCUUAUUUCGUUUAAGAUAUGAUAUGAUUAAUGUAUCAUUUAAACAGAAACAAACUGAACUUUACUUUAGAUCGUACACUAAUAAGUGGUAAGAGAAUAAUGAAAUUGUUUCAUGCAACCAA